AUGAUUCACCUGUCAUUCAUCUCUCCCUCUCUCUCUCUCUCUCCUUUUAACAGCGAACAAACACAGGAACAAGGCGUCACCGUCAUCUACGACAUGACAGAUGCCAAGUACUCGAACUUUGGGGCAGAUCUCUCAAUGAAACUACUCAAUCUCCUUACACCUAAACAGCGGAUUUUGGAAUUUUCAGAGUCUCCAAUUCAAGCAACUUCAGAUUUUGCGGUGACACUUAUUAUUCGUAAUGAUUCUUACGGGCUAGGGAUGGCUUCUUGUCUCCUAAUUGAAUAUCCUAUGUCCAUCGAAAAGGCACCCUUCAUGGCAACUGUGGGAAAUUGCGGUGGAGCGAUUGUUUCGAGAAAUUUCAUCCUCAUCUCUGGCAAAUGCUUGUGUCUCGGUGAACGUCCUUCGUAUGCAUACACUGGAACAAGCUGGGGAAAUAUUGGUAAUCUCCCGAGAGAGAGUAAGUUAGUUCCGACAUAA